AUUAUAGAUGGUUGAGUUGUAUUCAUUUUCUUUAAUACGAUGCAAGAGUUUUAUCACAACCCGUCAUCAUCCAAGAACUGAAGCAUCAUAUUGCAUACAAGAAGUGUACUGCGAUUCGACGAAACUGUGUCGCUUUCUUGCUCAUCGAGUAUUUAAAUUUUUAUUUACAAUUCAGUUCUGGUCUGAUUCUGCAAAAGUGUGAUCGAACAUUGGAGAUCGACAUAGGAAGACGGAGAGUUAUGGAAUCUUCUUCUUCUCACAUGGCUUCGCUUCCAGAAAAUGCGACGGAGGAGCCUUCACAACAGCAAACUCAACCCGAUUCUGCUUUCGCUUCCGUUCCUCAUCGCCCACCGACUAAGAGCUCUUCAGAAAAAUACGCGCCUCUAGAUUGGUCCCAGUAUUUUGAUAAAGAAGAGGAUGUUGCGAUUCCCGAAUCGAACGAUGUGUUUCAUGUUUACUCGGCAGGAACCGAGGGACCCGUUGUAUUCUGUUUACACGGUGGUGGUUAUUCCGGGCUUUCAUUUGCUGUCUCAGCAAGUAAAAUUAAGGAGAAAGCUAGGGUGGUAGCUAUGGACUUGAGAGGUCAUGGGAAAUCAUCAACAGAAAAUGAUCUCGACUUAUCUGUUGAGACUAUGUGCAAUGAUGUAUUUGCUAUUAUAAAGGAAUUAUAUGGCAACUCUCCUCCAGCAAUGAUUCUUGUUGGUCACAGCAUGGGAGGAUCAAUUGCUGUGCAUGUUGCUGCAAGAAGAUCAUUGUCCACCUUGGCUGGGUUGGUUGUCGUGGAUGUUGUAGAGGGAACAGCUAUGGCCUCACUCAUGCAUAUGCAGAAAAUUCUAUCAAACAGGAUGCAACAUUUUUCAAGCAUUGAAAAAGCUAUUGAAUGGAGUGUCAGGGCGGGGUCUCUAAGAAAUAUUGAUUCUGCUCGUGUAUCCAUCCCUUCCACAUUAAAAUAUAACGAGUCAAAGAAAUGUUAUCUUUACCGAACUGAGCUGGAAAAGACUGAACAAUAUUGGAAAGGCUGGUAUGAAGGACUCUCCGAUAAAUUUUUGUCAAGUCCAGUUCCAAAGUUGUUGUUAUUAGCAGGAACAGAUAGAUUGGACAGGUCUCUUACAAUUGGUCAGAUGCAAGGGAAGUUUCAAAUGGUAGUUGUAAGGCAUACAGGGCACGCUAUUCAGGAAGAUGUACCUGAUGAAUUUGCAACUCUGAUUGUCAACUUCAUUUCUCGGAACCGAAUAGGCCCUAAUGGAGUUGAGAUACCUGGCCUUCGCAAGCCAGCCUUUUCAAAACCUUGAAUCCGGCUGGUGUUUAAGUAACCCGAGAAUGACCACUCUGCAAUAUGAUGAUGAUCAUGGAUUUCUUACUUUUUUUAUUCCUUUACUUUGAAUAUAUAAUUAUGUAUACAAUAUUUAUUUUGAUAGGGGAGGAAGGUAGGUAGGUGAAACGAUUAUACAUCUCAGAUUAUUUUCAAAUGUAAUGAGUUGUGGGGGGAAGACGAGGAAUGGCAUAGAUUUGCACACUCAGCUAAGGGAAGUUAGUGUGGUCAUCAGUACUAUCCUUGGUAAAUGUUACGAAUACGGGGAGGAAAUGUUGAUGCAAUGUGAUUUUAGAUUUUUAGUAAAAAUAAUCAACUUACUAACAA